AUGCGUGCUCAUUUUAUUGCAUUGGACCUUGUUGAGACCCGUAACACCACUUACAGGAACCUAUUAUUGGAGAUAUGGAACGAAAUCUGCCCAUACCGCCCGGCAUAUGCUCAACUGCUCUCCAAUAGGGUUCGAUGGAUACUUGACAACCAAAAACUAUCCCGAGCUGCGCUGGAGUGCAUUAAGACAGCCUGCUAUCCGACCAUUACGACUCAAGAGGUCACAGGCCCACCAGAGGAGUCUAGAAGGAAGUCAUCCAUCGGCAUUAGAAGGAGCGGUCUUUUCCUAAAGACGCCGGAAGAAGACACACUACAAAGAUCCUUCACUGGUAACCUGAUGAGGUUUUCGGGAGUGGCUGCGGAGAGAAGACCAAGGAUUCCGCGACUGAGGUUCUCUAGGACGACUCGCGAUAUGGUGAUGAAGGUGAACUCAAUCCUACCGGAGCACCUAGCGAACGUUGAGACGCUUGAGGAGCUGGUGGACAUAGUCUACGCGGGCGCCGUAACGGUCUCUGAAGCACUUGGGCAACGGACUGACCACCAGCAAAAUACUCCAAGAUCACCCACAGUACCUCCUUGGAAGCUGCGCCUGGAGCAAAAGAUCACAGCUAUUAGAAAGAAGAUUGGUGUAGUCCAUACUUACCUCCAUUCUGCAACUCCAAAUGUUAAGGUUAUCAAAGCCGUUAAGAAGAUAGCCUCGGAAUCCCGUAUUAAAUGCAAGGACCCGCACUUCAAAGAAAGGAUAACAGUCGUUUCCGAUCACCUGAAACAAAAAAUCAAGGCAUUAGGGAACCGUAUUAGACGAUAUAAUGAGAGGACUAAACGCUACAAGAACAACAACCUAUUUUAUAAGGACCAGAAACAGUUUUUUCGUACUCUGGAAGCAGGAGAUAAAGGGGAAAUUGGUCAUCUAGAACCCGAUAAAGCGCACAGUUUCUGGACUGAGGUGUGGUCUAGGGAAAGCACCCAUGAUGACAACGCGUAUUGGAUAGAGGAAGCACAGCAGGAAAUACCCAUACAACCUAUGGACGAAAUAAACCUGCGGCAGUCGGAUAUACCUGAAAUACUCAGGGGCUCCAACAACUGGGCAUCCCCGGGGCCUGACAAACUCCACAACUAUUGGUGGAAGUAUUUCAACAAUGUGCACGAAAAACUAGCACUGCUCCUACAAAAUGCCAUUAACAACCCUACCCUAUUACCAGGCUUUCUCACGCAGGGGGUCACUUACCUGAUCCCAAAAGAUGGCGAUAAAAAAGAUCCCAAGAACUAUCGCCCAAUAACUUGUCUUUCAUCGGUUUAUAAGAUCCUUACUGGAGUGCUCACGAAAUAUAUCAGUAGACACAUCAGAGAGCACAACUUAAUGACCAAAGAACAAGGUGGCUGCCGAGAGAAGACGAAGGGGUGUAAAGAGCUUUUAGUCAUAGAUCAUAUUGUCACCAAACAAGCGCGAAAAAAGCUCAGAAAUAUUUCCGUUGCCUGGGUAGACUACAAAAAGGCUUUUGACUCUGUCCCGCACACGUGGCUGUUGAAAUUUCUGGAGAUGCAUGGGACAGCCGGAAAGGUGAUCGAAUUGCUGGGGCACCUGAUGAAGAACUGGAGGACCUCCCUUUUCGUGCGAUCGGGAGAUGUACUGGUGGAGGCAGAACAAAUAAAGAUAAACAGGGGUAUAUUUCAGGGAGACACAUUGAGCCCCAUUUGGUUCUGUUUAGCUCUCAAUCCUCUCAGCAUAAUCCUCAACAACACCAACUAUGGAUAUGUCAUAAAUAAGAACAGGCAAGUCACCAUCUCUCACCGCUUAUAUAUGGACGACUUGAAACUCUAUGGAGCGAACUCCGAACAACUGAGAAGAAUGUUAGAGAUAGUUUCAGCUUUCAGCGAGUCAAUUGGGAUGGAGAUGGGGUUGAAAAAUGUGCCGUGCUCGAUGUCCGGAGGGGAAAAAUCGAGGAUACUACGGAGGGAGUAUCCUUGA